AGCCCGGCGGCGGCGGCCCGGAUAUCGGCGGCGGCCCGGAAGCGCGCGGCCCUUUCCCCGGCGGAGCGCGGCCAUGGCUCGUGGUCCCAAGAAGCACCUGAAGCGCGUGGCUGCUCCAAAGCACUGGAUGCUGGACAAGCUGACGGGGGUGUUUGCUCCCCGUCCAUCAACAGGUCCUCACAAACUAAGAGAGUGUCUUCCACUCAUCAUCUUUCUGAGGAACAGACUCAAGUAUGCCCUGACAGGAGAUGAGGUCAAGAAGAUCUGCAUGCAGAGGUUCAUCAAGAUUGAUGGCAAAGUCCGCACCGACAUAACCUAUCCUGCUGGCUUCAUGGAUGUCAUCAGCAUUGAGAAGACCGGUGAGCACUUCCGACUUGUGUAUGAUACCAAGGGUCGUUUUGCUGUUCACCGCAUCACAGCUGAAGAGGCCAAGUACAAGCUGUGCAAGGUGAGGAAGAUCUUUGUGGGCACUAAAGGAAUCCCUCAUCUGGUGACCCAUGAUGCCCGCACCAUCCGCUACCCAGACCCCCUCAUCAAGGUGAAUGAUACUAUCCAAAUUGACUUGGAGACUGGCAAAAUCACAGACUUCAUCAAGUUUGACACAGGUAACCUGUGCAUGGUGACUGGUGGUGCUAACUUGGGCCGUAUUGGUGUGAUCACUAACCGGGAGAGACAUCCUGGCUCAUUUGAUGUGGUUCACGUGAAGGAUGCCAAUGGCAACAGCUUUGCCACCAGGCUCUCUAACAUCUUCGUUAUUGGCAAAGGUAACAAGCCAUGGAUCUCCCUGCCCCGUGGAAAGGGAAUCCGUCUGACCAUUGCUGAAGAGAGAGACAAGAGAUUGGCAGCCAAACAGAGCAGUAGUUAAGCCCUCAGAUAUAUGGACUGACAAGGUCACUUCCUCUUUUUGUCAAAUAAAACCUUUACCAAACAAAA